AUGGGUAGAUCUCCAUCUUGUGCAGAGAAAGGUGUGAAGAAGGGGCCAUGGACGCCGGAGGAGGAUCAGAAACUGAUUGAUUAUAUACAAGACCAUGGCCCUGGAAGGUGGCAAUCACUGCCGCGGAACGCCGGUUUAAACCGGUGCGGAAAGAGUUGCAGGCUUCGGUGGACUAAUUAUCUGAGGCCUGACAUCAAGAGAGGGAAAUUUUCUGACGAAGAAGAGCAAGUCAUCGUCAAUCUCCAUUCAGUUAUUGGAAACAAGUGGUCGAAGAUUGCUAGCAAGCUCCCAGGUAGGACUGAUAACGAAAUAAAGAAUUUCUGGAACACCCAUUUGAGGAAGAAGCUCCUCCAUGAUGGUAUUGAUCCAAGAACACACAGACCUGUCUAUGAUCUGAACCUCCUCCUUAACCUUUCUCAAUUGCUGUCUACCCCAAACUUCAGCAAUUUGAUGAAUCCUUGGGGCAAUGCUCUUAAGUUGCAAACUGAUGCCACUCAUUUAUCCCAAAUCGAACUCUUAAAAAGCAUUUUGCAGUUCAUAAAUACAAGUCCACUUCCAAAUAUUGAUCAAACUAGUUUCUUGGGAUUACAGAACUAUGCCCAGAUUGAUGGAUUUUUGCAUGGGACAAACACCCUCCAUACAGUUGAUCAGCCCCAAGAACCCUUCCAUGGCUACAGUACUGCCAUUACAAGUUAUUCACAGGCUUUGUUUGAAAGGGUGUCAAGCCAAGAGGUUCUGAAUGCCAAUGGUAACAGCUUAAUCAGCACAGGUGAUUAUCAGACAGAAUGUCCACUUCCUGCAUUGGUUUUAGAUACUCCCGAAAGCACCAUUGUCAACCAAAUGGAAAACACAGAGCCAGCUUAUAUUUCUGCCCAUUCACCCACCUCCAACUUCUUUGAGGAUUGGGAAAAACUGCUGGAUGGUGAAGCCAGUAGUUCCUUCUGGAAAGAUAUUAUAGAUUGA